CGAUCGCUCCCGAGUCCAAUUACCCCAAAGGCCCGAGCAGCCGCUUUUUUGCUGUCUCAUCCCCCCACCCCCGAAAAAACGAACUCGCCUGGAUUUUUUUUUUUUCCGGGGAGUUCCAGCCUCUGCUCUUUACCUUCUGCUUCUCCCGGGAACAGGUUCCACUCCACGAGCAGCACCAUGAGGUCGGCCUGUCUCUCUCUACUCUUGGUCACUGCCUGCUGGGCGCUUCCCUUCCGCCAGUCUGGCUUCCUAGACUUCAUGAUGGAGGAUGAACCCGGCUCGGCUUUGCCCGAGGAGCCCACAGACGUGGAUGAAUCCUUGACGAUGCCCUUAGGAUCCAAGUGCCCAUUCCGCUGCCAGUGCCACCUGCGUGUGGUCCAGUGUUCCGACCUCGGUCUGAAGGAGGUUCCCAAGGACAUCCCAGAUGACACCACCCUUCUCGACCUGCAGAAUAACAAGAUCACUGAGAUUAAGGAGAACGACUUCAAGAACCUCAAAGGGCUACAUGCGUUGAUCUUGGUGAACAACAAGAUUAGCAGCAUCCACGCCAAGGCCCUCAACCCACUGACCAAACUGCAGCGCCUCUACCUGUCCAAGAAUAAUCUGAAGGAGAUGCCAGCCAACAUGCCCAAGAGUCUGCAGGAGCUACGCAUCCAUGAGAAUGAGAUCACUAAGAUCAAGAAGGCCUCCUUCCAGGGAAUGUCCCAGGUCAUCGUCAUGGAGCUGGGUUCCAACCCACUGAAGAGCGCAGGGAUUGAUUCCGGCGCUUUCGCUGACCUCAAGAGAGUCUCCUAUAUUCGCAUUGCGGACACUCAGAUUACGGAGAUCCCCAAAGGUUUGCCGAGCUCACUCUCAGAACUUCACCUGGAUGGAAACAAAAUCUCCAAGCUCACCGCUGAGAGUAUGAAGGGACUCAAGCAUCUGGCGAAGCUGGGUCUGAGCCAUAAUGAGAUCAGCCUGGUGGAGAACGGCACCAUGGUGAACGUCCCCCACCUGCGGGAGCUCCAUCUCGACAACAACGCCCUGACCAUCGUGCCCCCCGGCCUGCCCGACCACAAAUACAUCCAGGUGGUCUACCUCCAUGCCAACAAGAUUGGUGUGGUGGGAAUAGAGGAUUUCUGCCCUCCCGGCUUCAAUACAAAGAAGGCCAUGUAUUCGGGCAUCAGCCUCUUCAGCAAUCCUGUUCCCUACUGGGAAGUGCAGCCCAUCACCUUCCGUUGUGUCUUUGACCGCUCCGCCAUCCAGCUGGGCAACUACAGGAAGAAGUAGAGAGGGCUCUCUCCCCAACACUCGCUAUUCUUCACCACCACAACCACCACAGAGGAAGUGUGCAUUUGUAAAUGAGUAUGAAAGUGUGUGUGUUAUCACUCUGACCCAACUCCCUCCUGAUAGUGAUCAUGGACCUCAAGCACAUUUUUGUUGUAUUACAUUUUUGUUUUUAUUUUACCGUUAAUCAGCUCAGCUUCAGUUGACAGUAAAAACGGCUUGCAGAAAACACGCACUGCAGAGCUGCAUUAUAUUUUCACACUCAUACUGUAGCAUAGUCACGUGCAUCCUACGGGACAGUUAUCUUUUUUUUUUUUUUGUAGACGAGGCCUGUGGAGCAGGCGGCAAAGCCGAGAAAGUUUUCAGUCAUUUCUGUGUUGAAGAAGCGUGACUUCCAUCACUCCCUUACGCUCAAAACUCAUCUCUCCUUUUCCGUUUUUUGCUGUCCAGUGAGAAACAAGAUUUCUUUCGAAAUUUAGAAUAAACCAUAUAUGUUUUAAAUGUCAUGCCCAAAAAUUGAUAUGCAUGCUUUUAUUCUGGAUUCACCUCCUAAUAUGCUUUCCCCUACUUUGUUUGUUUCAAGAAGAGGGUGCACCGCAGCACCCCUAAGUUGGUGUGGAAAUGUAUGUAUAGACACUGUAUAUAAAUACUGUAUAAAACCUCUCAUGGUAUACAAAAGGCACAAGCACUUAUCAUAGCUUAAGCUUUUAAUUAAUAUAUCAGGAACAUCUCCAGAGCAGGGAGCUCCCGCUAAAGGUGUCCUGAAAAAAUAAAAAUACUCAUGGAAAA